GACCUGUAAGAGCCACCCUCCCUACCUUGCGAGCAUUACUGCGAUUGUUGAAGCUACUGAGCUGCAACGCGAUCGCGCAGACGGAAACGUCUUCAGGGCGGGUUAACAUCGUCAAUGUGCUAAUCUGACAGUGCCUACCGUUCCCCCGCGCCGAAGACGAAACGACGAGACGCGACGAUUACCAGAUACUCUACGACUUACUCAAUCUAUUCGCGACAAUGGCGGCGAAACGCAAGGCCGCCGCCAUGGCAGCCACCGUCACGGAAGAGCCUGUUGAUCCAGCGGAUGAACUGAUGUUCCUCUGCCUCGGAGGUGGAAACGAGGUCGGCCGAUCCUGUCACAUUAUCCAGUACAAGGGAAAGACUGUCAUGCUCGAUGCCGGUCAACAUCCUGCGUACGACGGUCUUGCCGCGCUGCCCUUUUUCGACGAUUUCGACCUUAGCACAGUCGAUGUGCUCCUCAUCAGCCAGUAAGCUACAUUUCCCCUUCCUCCGUGCUGGCAUGGCGUUACACAGACAAGGUGGUAUGCGACGAGUAGAGCUAGGAUAGUGGCGGCCUUAUCUGGCUUGCCGUUGUGCAUAUGUCACUGUCGCCGCCUCUCUGCCAUCUUGCGCUACCUCAACGCAGUUCUCAGACUCAAUACAAACUUCAUUCCCAUCCUCGC